AUGGCCAUCUCCAAACCCUCACUUACGGAUCUGAUAAAGAACCUGAAACUCAUACUCCAAAGCCGCUAUUCUGCGACAAAACAGAAUUCACGCGAUCGGCAUCCUCUGUCGAAGAUGGAACCUUCUGAGCCCCAAGACUAUGUGACACGCACAGCCUUACAAGAGAUCGACACUGUGGAAAUCUCGCCCCUCCACCCCGAAUACAUGGUCAUUGGCACAUACUCGUUGGUCAAGACCUCAGAACCACGCGACUAUGAAGCUCAAACCCGCAAAGGGACACUGCAAAUCCUUCCCGUGUCAUCGAUCUUCAAACCCAAAUAUGCAGGCAUGCUCCCCCCUUCUCUCGACAAGCUCGACUUUUCUUGCGCCAUAGUCGACAUCCACUUCCACCCUUCCGACCCCUCUCUCCUUGGUGCGGCCACCAGUAUCGGCGAGAUCCAUUUCUUCCGCUUCAUCAAACACGGCGAUGUCCUUGGGCGCCGUGUCUUGGUUAGACUCAUCCCUUUAGGAAUCGCCAAGGUGGCCGAGGACGACCAGCAUGGCCUGUCAGCGCUGGUCACACAAUUCACCUGGUUACCCGACCUCAGCACUCACGGCAUCAGAGAUCUGAAUGAUUUCCAAAGGGUGGGUUUGGCAUUCACAACAUCCUUCGGCGACACCAAAAUAGCCAGCCUCGAGAUUCCAGCCAUUAGAGACCUCAACGACCACCGUGUCAGCUCGACUAAACCUCCAGAUGUACAUUUCAAACGUGAGCAAGUCUCGCACCACGAACUCGAAGCUUGGACCGUAUCCACCUUCCCUCUGGCUUCCACACACGACAACACCACAUGUCUGGUCCUUAGCGGCGGCGACGACAGCGCGUUGCUUGCCGCUCAAGUGACACUACCUAACCUAUCGUCUUCUCAAUUCGACGAAGACCAGACCAUCACAAGCAGCCCGCUCUGGAAAGAACGACGGACUCAUACCGCAGGCGUGGUAGCCAUCCUCCCCUUACCUCGAAUCAGAACCACAACCUCAUCACGAGGUGGACCAGAAACUGUCAAAGAAAUCGUCCCACUAGUGACGGGCAGCUACGAUGAAAUAUUGCGAGUCUUCGAGCUGGAUCUCGUUACAUUCCGCCCAACUCUCAAGACUGAGAUAUCCCUUUCAGGUGGCGUCUGGCGUCUCAAGGUGCUUGAUCAAUACUCAACACUGAGCCUGCACGGGGCCUCGAACGACGAGCAUCUCAUCGACAAGGAUCAAAAAAUUGGAAUCGUCCAUGAUUCAGGGCGGCAAGAUUCAGACCUGGGCAACGUCAAGCAGCACACUCUGAUCCUAGCAUCGCUGAUGCACACAGGCGCUAUGCUUCUACGCCUGACAUACUCGCAUCGCCCCUUGCCGGGAGAGGACGCGUGGACAGUGACUCCAUUGACCAAGUUUCGCGCGGGCCAUGAAAGUAUGGUGUAUUGCUGCGACGCGAGUCUUGAAGUAGACGACCAAGAACUGGGCGGCAUGGGUUCGAAUCCCAGUGAACCUCUGCGAGGGCAAGAGUCAGAAACUAGAGACAGCAACGGCAAAGGAAAGGACAAAGCCAGUCCAACGCUAGAUGCGAACACACAACAUCACAAAGGAUCUCCCCCCAUGUAUACUGUGGUCAGCACGAGUUUCUACGACAUGAAGAUCUGUACUUGGAAAUUCGUUGAUGAGUAUAAAGCAACCGUGAAACAUAAUGCGGCUGCUUCUGGUGUGAGAAUAGGGAAAUGAAGGGUUGGAAUGGUUGCAGUGACGAACGGAGUUGCAAUAUUUGCC